CCUAAUCCCGCACUAUUUGAACUUCGGUAGACAUGACCAAGUCCAGUGAUGGUAAAAAGGUUUCGAGUCAGUUGAACGAAACUGAGCAGAACUUCUUACGUGCAGCUCGUGCUGGAGAUCUGUCAAAAGUUGUAGAACUUUUGAACGCUGGUGUACACAUCAAUUUAUCCAACUCGAUUGGACUUACUGCACUUCAUUUAGCCUCAAAAGAAGGUUAUGUUCAUGUUGUCGAUGAGCUACUUCGACGUGGAGCAGAUUUCGAUGCUCCUACUAAGAAAGGAAAUACAGCACUUCAUAUCGCAAGUUUAGCUGGUCAUUUCGAAGUUGUCAAGCUACUUUUGGAUGCUGGUGCCAAUAUAAAUCGUCAGUCAGUUAUUGGAUUUACCCCAUUGUAUAUGGCUGCUCAAGAAAAUCAUCUUAAUGUAGUUGAUCUUCUACUUCAACGUGGUGCAAACCAAGCAUUAACUACUGAAGAUGGUUUCACUCCUUUAGCAGUAGCCUUACAACAAGGACAUGAUCGUGUUGUGGCACAUCUUCUAGAAAGAGAUUCACGUAGUCGAGGUGGCAUGCCAGCUCUACAUAUUGCAGCACGAAAAGAUGAUGCAAAUGCUGUGAGUUUGUUAUUGAACAAUGCAGAAGUUAAUGUGAAUCAUCAGUCUCAACCUGGUUUCACUCCAUUACAUAUUGCUGCUCAUUAUGGUAACGUGACUGUAGCACGUGUACUUAUUGAACGUGGGGCAGAUGUAAACUUUCAAGCCAAGAAUAAUAUCACACCAUUACAUGUGGCUGCUAAAUGGGGUCGUGGUGGAAUGGUCCAACUACUUUUGAAUUCGAAUGCCUUAGUUGAUUGUCGUACACGUGAUGGUUUAACACCAUUACAUUGUGCAGCUAGAUCUGGUCAUGCAGAAUUAGCUUCACUGUUGAUGGGUGCUGGUGCAAAUCCUUCAGCUAAAACAAGGAAUGGAUUAACUCCAUUGCAUAUGGCAGCACAAGGUAAUAAUGAAGAAGUUGCUCGUGUAUUGAUUCUGCGUGGUGCUAGUGUAGCUGACAGAACAGGAGAUUCUUUGACCCCACUACAUGUGGCUGCUCAUUGUGGUAAUACAGAAGUGGCACGUGUACUCUUAGACAAUGGAUGUGAUGUGAAUGCACGUGCUUUGAAUGGUUUUACUCCAUUGCAUAUUGCUUGUAAGAAACAAAAAAUUCGAGUUAUUGAACUACUUCUUCAGUAUGGUGCACAAAUCAAUAUGACUACUGAAGUAAGUUCUGUUCCAUUAUCAUCAUAUAUUGGAUUAAUACAGUUUCAUACUUUCGGAGUACAGCUGUUACUUGAAAUCGGACCAGCUGGUAUACGAUUCGCUUCACCUAUUCUCUUUGAAAUACCACAUUAUGCUUUUUUAAAUGGGAAAAAUCGUGAGAUUGUUAUCCUCCGUUCAGAUAAUGGUGAAACAUGGAAAGAGCAUCCAUUGGAUGCUACAGACCAAGCUGUUCAAGACACUUUGAAUGGACAUUUUGAUUACGCUGGAUCAUUUGAAGAAUUACGUGCUAAGUCAAUACAUCGUAUUUUAACAUAUGAUCUACCACAAUAUUUUGCACUUAUUACACGUAUCAAGCAAGAAUUAAUUUUAAUUGGUCCAGAAGGUGGUACAUUAACAUCUACAGUUGUACCAGACGUACAUGUUCGUUUUCCUCAAGGUGCUUUACAAAAACGUAUACGUGUUGGUUUACAAGUACAUCCAGUUGAUCAUGAACUUGUAACAAGAAUGCUUGGUCCACGUGUCUCUGUAUCACCGAUUGUAACAAUUGAACCACGCAGACGUAAAUUUCAUAAACCAAUUACCUUGACUAUACCAUUACCAAAAACAGCUAUGUCAUCCUCUAGCGGUGUUGCCGACACUAAAUCUCGUUCAACUAUCGAUUCACCUAGUCUUCGAUUACUGUGCUCGAUUACGGGUGGAACAUCACCUGCUGUUUGGGAAGAUAUUACUGGCAGUUCUCCGUUAUCUGCACACGAUCUUUCUGUUUCAUUUACAUCUACAGUAUCUGCAAGAUUGUGGCUCGUAGAUUGUCCUAAUAUUACUGAAGUUGUUGAAUUAGCCAGUCGUGUUUAUCAUGAAUCAUUGGCAGUGCCUUAUAUUGGGCAGUUUAUAGUGUAUGCUCGUAGAUUUCAUCCUGAAGAAGCUCAAUUACGUUGUCUUUGCCUUACUGAUGAUUCGGCAGAGAAAACACUUGAACUACAAGAAGGAUUUCAACUAAUAGCCACUGGACCAUGUAUUGAGGUUCUUGAUGAUCAUCCACAUUGGAUUGAAACAGCUGGUAACUUAGUACCUGUUGCUAAAACUGAAGAACAAUUACAAUUAGGAAUGCAUGCGUUCCGUGAGAAUCGUUUGAAUAUGAUUGUACGUGUGAAAGAUUUAUCACAGCCGGCUGUUGGAAAAUUAGCGUUUAUGCGUCAUCCUCGAGCUGUACUACAAUCUGCUGGGUCAUCUGUAAAACCGGCAACAGUUCUAGAGGCUAAAUUGCCAGACGAAUUUACUGAUUACAUGACUGAUGGUGUAUUAAAAACAACUGAUAUUGAUGAUAUGCCACCUUAUAUUCCAGAAUAUAAUCAAAAUGGUGGUCAAUACACCACAUACAAUGAAUCGUUGCCGCAAACAUGGUCAAAACAAGAUCAUUACGAUGAGCCAUUAGCUAAAUCUGAGCUUGAUUUACGACAAGUUGCUUAUCAUUUAAAAUCAGAUUGGAGAAUAUUAGCUCAAUGUUUAGGCUUGUCUGAUGAAGAUCAGUAUAAUAUUACUUCUUUGCCUAAUCGUCCUGAAGAAGAAUAUGCAUAUACUAGUUUAUUGUUGUGGCAAGAACGUAAUGGGAAUGAAUUAACUUCGGGUACGCAACUUGCCGAAGCACUACAAGCUAUCGGUCGUAAAGAUAUAUUGGAAUAUUGUAUGACUAACAUUUCGCCUGUAAUAACAGCUGAUGAACGGGUUACUGCUUUACGUUCAUUGAAUGCCGUUUCGCCCAAUUUAAAUAUUAAUCGUGAAAAUCGAUCUCAUUCAAAAGAUGGCAGUGGUGGUUUAAGUGAAUCAGUUGAUACGGGUUAUGGCACACAAACCGGAUCUACCACACUAAUACCAACAACACCAGUGAUUACAAAGACAAUUUCAUCAACAAUCCAUACACUACCCACUUCAAGCAAUGUAGAUAAUUCUAAACAUUCUGAGCAAGAAGUGGAGCAAGAAAUUAUACAACCAGUUACUGUGACCACUGGUCGAAUUUAUUCAGGGUCACUACCAUAUGUGGGAAAAUCUAUUACUGAUGUUCCCGAAGACAAAUAUGAUGUAUUAAAAGGAGUUGAAAAUAUUCUGGUUGAUAGUCAACAUUCAUCGACCAUAGAAGAUGAUAAAAUAAAUUCCACUUCUACUGGACCUCCAGUCAAUGAAGAAAUAGUCGUCCCUACUCAAAUUAAUCGCACUGUUCAAUUAAAUCGUACAGACGAUACGACUAAUAAUAGUAAUAAUAUUCAUAAACAAAUUGAAAAAGAUAGUGAUUUAUCAAACAUUUAUCCAGAUGUCUCCAGUGAUGUGGAGUCAGAUUUAUCGCAGGCUACAGAAAAACACAUUUUCAUUAAACAGCACAAACAGUUAUUCAGUGAUUCAUUAUCUCAUCCUAACUAUGAGAAAUUGACUGACGAUGUACAGUCGAUAGUAAGUAAAUCACUCGUUGAUAAAGCAGAUAAUGAACAAGCUCCAGAUGAUCAUCAUUUUGAAUCAUGUGAACAAGAAAUUUGUGCACAUCACUAUCAAAGAUGUGGUGAACUUGAAGCUACAUGGGGUAAAGGUGCAGAUCAAGAUGUUCCACCUUGCGAAACUAGUGAAUUUCAUGUAGAUAAAACACAUGAAAAACAAGUUUGUAAAACCGUAUUAGAUGAAUCAAAUGAAGAGAAGAUUUGUGCAUAUCACUAUCAAAGAUGUGGUGAACUUGAAGCUACAUGGGGUAGAGCUGCUGAUAGUAGUACUAACAAAGUACAAACUAGUGAAAAACAUGAAGAAAUGUUGUCUAUCGCACCGGGUAUUGUACCAUCUGAGCAGUCAGGGUGCACAUAUCAGUUGUCUGGCGAAACCGAAAUUACAUCAAGUAAACCUAAACCAGCAAAUACAUUUUCGAUUGAAGAUAUAAUGCAGCAACCAUCAUCAUCAUCAUCAUCGUCACAAGAGAAAUUAACAAAAACAAUCAUCAUUUCAAAACACACAAAAUCAGAUAAAGAUGACAAUAUUAUUCAAAAUAAUAUGGAAAAAGUCAUGAAAUCUAAUCAGAAUUAUUAUGAUCACUCGCAUAAACUAAACGAUGACAUUUAUGAAUUUCCUGAUAGAGUAAUUGCAAUACCACAAAUGGAACCCGUCGAUUCGACAGAAAUACUAUUUGAUGAUACUUAUUAUAAUAAUAUGUUAGGUGAUUUACUACAGGGUCGUUCAAUAUUAGAACCAUUGACACCUAUACCGGAAACAUCUGAAUAUUCGACAAGAUCAUCUGUAACUAGUAUAAAUCCAAGUUGGCAAAGUAGUGAUUUAAGUCCUUCGGAUUCGAUUGAAAUUCGUCCUGGUGGUGGUGCUGUCACUAAUGUAUCACGUCGUCUAUUGCAUCCAUUUUCCCAUUCAAAUCGUACAUCACAUGAAUCAUUUAGUGGUCCACAAAAAUCAUUCAAAAAUCCAGCUCUAUCUGUACAUAGUAUAUCAUCGAUUCAUUCUGAACCGGAUCGUAUUCGACGUUCAUAUGAAGCACAUUCUAUGGAAUCUCCAGGUCAGGAUUGUCAUAUGGAUUUGUCUAGUUCAUUACGUACACACAGUAGUCGUUCAUCAUCGUUAGCAGAAUUUUUACGUUUGGAAACAUCUUGUGAUGGUAGUCGUGGUGAUCUGUGUAUCGAUGUUGAUAAUGACGAUGAUGAUGAUGAUAAACGACUUUGUGAACAUGAUCAAAAUUUACACGAUCUUAUUCAAAGUAUACAAGAAUUACAAAGACAACAUUUAGAUGAAUCAACGGGUUUAAUUACACCACCCAGUGGUGAUGAGGAUAGCUCUAAUAGUCGCUUAGCUAUUGGCUCCAAUGAUGUUGAUCGUCAAAUAGGUGAAUCAAUUAGGAAUGCAGAAUUAGAAUCAUCGGUGUCAUUAUUAUCCGCUUCCUCUUUACCACAAGUUAAUACUACAUCUAGAUCAGAGAUGCAACAAUUACUACAACCAAUAUAUAUGAGUAGUUCUAGUUUAAACUCCUCGGCACCACAGCCAUCACCGCCAUCCACAACAACAGCAAAAUUGCCUGACCUUUCUAAUAUAGAACGGGAUAUUGGAGAACUCGCGUCAGUUAUUCUAGCAGAUAUCCCAAAGAAUGGAGAGGGCCUUUUGAAAGUUCUGAGCAAUUGUGUAAAGAAUGUUCCAGAACGAAUACUAAUUUACGCAACGUUAGUUGGGUUGCUGAAUCUAAAAAAUCGAUCGUUUGUCGGCCAAUUGAUAGAACUUCUACAGCGAGACCUGAAGGAUGCUAUUAGAUCGGCGAGUUUUGAGGAUGCUAAAUAUAUAGUUUUGUUCUUGUCAGUAUCUGUUAACUGUCAUACUGUUCAGAAAGCAUCCAUUCUCGGUCUGUACGAAAAUUUUGCUGAAGUCACUCUUGAUGCAGGACGAAGUUCUCAGGCUCGAACUGAUUGGUACACAUACGUGAUUCUUUACGGUCUACCAUACAGUGGUUACUUGCUAGCUUCUUAUGACGCUUCAGCAUUAAACGAUAUAUUAGGUACAAUUGAAGUUUACAUGACUAAACGCCAGUGCCCUCAUGUCUCAUUAUUACGCGUUUGGGAGUCAAAUGAUCCUCACCCACAAGAAGAUUAUCUGGAUUGUUUGUGGGCUCAAAUAUGCAAUCUCCGAAAUAGUGGUUGGGUGGAAAAAGUAACUUGGAGAUUAUAUGACUCUUUUCCUAGCUUAAAAGAACAUGGUCAGCCGCAUAAAUUAUCACCUCUCACACCUCCUGAUUAUGAUGCGGAGGUUAUUUAUCCUCUUCCAUCUGUGGUUUUUCGAAUGUUUGACUAUACUGAUGUAAUAGAUCAAGAUGAAAACGAGAUUGUUCCUAAUUCAGAUUUAUCAUCAGAUGGAGUUAAAUCUAAUAAAGAAACUCCUGUCCUUCCGGGAGCACAUACUAUCGAACGAUUCCUUAUUGAUGAACAUUUGGCAAUUUUGAUGAAUAAUUUAAGUUUCAACAGAGUUAUGUGUGCUAAAGCUCUGUUGGGACUCAAAACUCGAGCCAAAGUAGCUUUAGAUUACAUGAUCAUCGAAGCUGUUUUUGCUGGAAUGUUUCACUUACCUCGUCCACCAGUUCAACAUGGAAAUCUUCUGUUUUAUGGGAGUUUACUAGUACAGUUAUGCCAUGAAGCUAGUAAUACAAUUCCUCUGGUGUUAGCUCAAGCCACUGAAGUCCUAUUUGAGCGUUUAGAUAAUAUGAAACCUGUUUGUAUUGGCAGGUUUAUUGAAUGGUUUUCAUAUCAUUUAAGUAAUUAUCAAUUGCAAUGGAGUUGGAAAGAGUGGUCCUCAUCUCUAACUCUAGAUCCGAUGUCUCCACAAAAACGUUUAAUUACCGAAACAUUAUGUCGAUUAAUACGUUUUUCAUACUACGAGAACGUCAAACGUUUACUUCCGAAAUCUUUUUAUAUAAUGUUACCACCUCAACCUACGGUAAUCAAUAAAUAUGAAAGUAAUCCAGAUUUGUCUUCUGCACGUGCAUUCUUUCGUCUAGUGGAUUCUAUCCGAGCACGCCUUGAACCCCAAACCGUCUUAAGAAUAGCUGAAACUGCCUCACAAAGUCGUGGUCGGCGUCUUUCACUAUCAGAACCAUUUGAUAAUGAUGGGGUAAGAGAUGAAAAAGAUGAAGAUGCAUCUAGUGAUGAUAGUCACUCUGAUCAUAGUGAUGAGGAGCGUCGUGGAAAAAGCCCCAUUGAUACCAUUCCUCUGUCAGAUCCUGAGUUUGAUGACUUGGAUGAUCCUGAGCCUGCUAAACAAGAAAUUCGUGCUCGUCUUAAAGCGCGUCGACGAAUGUUACGGGAGAGUGCAAUGAAACGUAAUUUGAAAAUAUCAUCAGAAGGUAAUGCCGAUGAACAGGUCGGUGUAAGAAGUGAUUCUAUCGAAAAGUUGCCAUUUACCACAGCAGCUCAAGUGUCUGAACUUUCUCCUGGAGUGACAAAUUUAGCUAUUGAAUUAUUUUAUUCUGCUAUGUUGAUCGCUGGUCAUAAAACAAUCAGUCACACAUUUGCGUUCAUAAAAAAGUAUGCUGCUGUCAUCCGGACUCUUACAUCUACUGUUGAAACUCAAGUAGAAGCUUUACAUGUAAUUCAAGCGGUUUGGGCUAAUAAUCCACAAAUGAUUGUCAUUAUUACAGAACAUAUGUGUCGUGUUGGUUUGAUUGAUCCGGAAGCGGUUGUUCGAUGGGCAUAUUCACCUAUAAUGACAACGUUAACAGAUGAUACAGUCAAUUCGAACUCUGCUAAUGCUCGUCCAAAAAUUUUGGACUUUUACGUUUGGGAGUGCUUAAGUCGAACUCUUGUUCGUGUUGGUAGGCGAGUUACUCGAAUUACAAGUAGACUAGAACUGGCAAAAGAAACGAUGGAAAUUAACAGGCGUUCUUCUCCUUAUUCGACUCCUGAUCGUGAAGACGCUGACCAGGGAGGAGAUGGUGAUAGCUUUCCACGGACUGGAGUCGACAGUGAUUCAUUCUUCAAGAAACCGAAAGAUUCCAUUUCUGGGAGAAUUAAAAUCAGUGACCGACGAAAGCUUAUGGCAGGCUGUGAACUGGUUUCUUCGUCUGACGAUGAGGCUUAUGGCGGAGGAAAGGAUAAUGUUGGUGGUCGAGUAGCCAGACUAGAAGAAGCCAGGUGUGAAGCAGUUCGUAGUCAAUGUGCUGUCAUUACACUUCUUCUGCAUCGUCAUGCUAGACUUACUGCUGAACUUGCAUCUGAAAUGUCUGGAUCUACUCAGAACCAUUCAUUCAAUACGGAUUCUCCAUUUUUCUUACAUGAACCAACUCAACCGAAAAGUUUGUCUGACGAAGCUUUACGAAAUAUAAUGUUCUGGUUAAAAGGUCGUUUAGUGCAAGUGGUUCUUGAGCAUUGCGAUCAAUUAAUACCUUAUCUGGAUAACCUUGAUGAAUUUAUCUGUGGAGCUCAUCCUGAAGUUCAAGGCGUGUUCCAACAGCUUCGUUCAUUGUACGCAUAG